GCUUGCUGAGCAGUAUAAAGAGCAGAGCUGGAUAACUAUGUCAGAUCUGGAGAAAGAGUUGCAAGAGAUGGAGGCACAGUAUGAAAAGGAAUUUGGAGAUGGAUCAGAUGAUGUAGAUGAACUAGAAGAGCAGGACACAAAAGGCAUCGAAGGCAAACUGAAUGAUGAAACUGAAGAAGCUGAAUUUGUUGAUGGUCUGUACUGCCCUGCUUGUGACAAGUUUUUUGAAACUGGGAAAAUCAUGAAGAAUCACGAGAAGUCAAAGAAGCAUCGAGAGAUGGUAGCACUAUUACGACAGCAGCUGGAAGAGGAAGAAGGAAAAUUUCCUGCGUCUUCAGAUGAUGCAAAUAGAAUACAUACCAAAGAGGAGGAAGAAACAGAAGAUGUGCCCAAGCAGAAACUCUCAAAGAAGCAGAGAAAGAAACAGAAAACAUUGAAGAGUUAUGAGGAGUCUUUUGAUCAAAGCGCUGAUGAAGAAGCAGUUGAACAAAAGGAGGAGCCCCGUGUGGAGAAGGACAGUGGCUCAGCAGAGGAGUUGGUAAAUGAUGGCCAAAGAUGUGCUGUGUCAGAGGAUGCAAGCGCUACAGAUGAUGUCAGCCAAGAGAAUGAAACAAAAAGUGAAGCAAAAAGCAGCACUAAGCCUAAAGGGAAAAAAGCCAAGAAUGCAAAAAAGUCUGCUAAGGCAACUUCAGGGGAUCCAACAACGAAUGAAGUUUGUAUCCACUGUGUAACAUGCAGCUCUGCAUUUUCAUCCCGAAAUAAAUUGUUUGAACACCUAAAAGCCACAGGACACGCAAGACCAACAACCACACCAGAUGUAAAUAGAUGUUUAAACACCAGAAUCAAAAAAGAGAAACGUAAAAACAAAUAG